AGGAGAAGAAGACAAAGUCUUAAGGCUGAAGAAGGCGCUUUAUGGAUUAAAGCAAGCACCAAGAGCAUGGAACACUCGGAUUGAUAAGUACUUCAAGGAGAAAUGCUUCAUCAAGUGUCCAUAUGAGCAUGCACUUUAUAUCAAAACUCAAAACAAUGAUAUAUUGAUUGCAUGCUUAUAUGUUGAUGACUUGAUAUUCACUGGCAACAAUCCGAUUAUGUUUGAAGAUUUCAAGAUGGAGAUGACAAAGGAGUUCGAGAUGACCGACAUUGGAUUGAUGUCAUACUACCUUGGCAUUGAAGUAAAGCAAGAAGAAAAUGAAAUCUUCAUUACUCAAGAAGGCUAUGCUAAAGAGGUGCUUAAGAAGUUCAAGAUGGAUGACUCAAAUCCAGUUUGCACGCCAAUGGAAUGUGGAGUCAAGUUAUCAAAAGAAGAAGAAGGAGAGAGUGUGGAUCCAACACUCUUUAAGAGUCUAGUUGGAAGCUUACGCUAUCUAACGUGCACAAGGCCCGACAUCCUACACGCAGUUGGAGUUGUGAGUCGAUACAUGGAGCAUCCAACAACAACUCAUUUCAAAGCAGCGAAGAGGAUCCUACGCUAUAUCAAAGGUACAAUCAACUUUGGCUUGUACUACUCUAUUUCUGACGAUUACAAGCUUGUUGGAUAUAGCGAUAGCGAUUGGGGUGGAGAUGUAGAUGACCGGAAAAGCACAAGUGGCUUCGUGUUUUUCAUUGGAGAAACCGCUUUCACAUGGAUGUCAAAGAAGCAACCAAUUGUCACUCUUUCUACUUGUGAAGCGGAGUAUGUGGCAGCUACUUCAUGUGUUUGCCAUGCUAUUUGGUUAUGAAACUUGCUAAAGGAGCUGAACUUACCACAAGAGGAGCCAACGAAAAUCUUUGUGGAUAACAAGUCGGCAAUAGCAUUGGCGAAGAAUCCAGUCUUCCAUGAUUGGAGUAAGCACAUCGAUACUCGUUAUCACUACAUAAGAGAAUGUGUUACCAAGAUGGAUGUGCAAUUGGAGUAUGUGAAGACAAAUGAUCAAGUAGCUGAUAUCUUCACCAAGCCACUCAAGCGAGAAGACUUCAUCAAGAUGAGGAGCUUACUCGGAGUAACCAAAUCAAGUUUAAGAGGGGGUGUUGAAAACUAAACUUGAUUUGGAUCAAACAUCAUUGGGUUAAUCAUGUGUUGAUCCAAAACUUAGCCCAAAUUCUAGAAAAAUCAUCCACCUCCUUAAAAUAAAAAUCUAGAUAUUCUUAUAGAAUUAUCUAGAAAAUUAGGAUAAAAUAAUCUAGAUAUUAUGUUAGAAUUAUCUAGAUUUAGGAUUAAAAUAUUUGAGAUAUUUAAUUUGUAUAAUGGAGGCUAUAAAUACCCCCACUCCCUUUUCAUUUUGUAGCAUCAAGAAGUAUCCAAGUUUGUAAGAAUCAUCUAAGUAAUAAGAAUCAUCUUCUAAAUUAUAAAAGCUUUCUUCUUCACAAAGCUUCUUUCUCUUCAAACACUUAAACACUUUCUGCAUCUUUAUAAAAUUUCCAUUCCAACAAUAACACCAAGAAUACACAAGAUUUCUUAAUCUAAGCAAA